CAAUUAAUUGAUGGAGGGGUUGGUUAGCAUAUAUAAAGCGUAUAAGCUAUAAAGCAUAUGCAUACACUUGGAAGCACCUCGAACCAGACACGUGAAAUCACGCGCCGUCAAGGGGAGGAAACUAAGAACGAACGAACUUAUCCACACAAGAUGAUAGUAUCACACACUCACGAGGGUCAUGGAAAUUGAAAGUGGCCGAGAUCCGAGAAUCACGUGAGAUGGGAUGAGUCACGUGCUCAAAAGCAAUUUACAGUUUACUACACAUAAUAAAGAUGGAGAUGCUGUUUCAACAAAAUAAGUUUGAGAUUCAUGUAAACAUUUUAUAAAGAGGUGCUCAAAAGAAACUACAGACAAAGACUGAGACUGGUUUAUUUAUGGUGCAGCAGAUCCAAACACUGUCUGAUUCUGUGGUCGCCAUCAAACAAUCUUUGUCAUAAUCACAACAUUUUUUAAUAUGAAAAAAACCCACGAUAUCAGGGAAAUAAAUAGAUGUUUACAAAUGAAAAUCAAAGUAAUUAAUUAUUUGUACGGUUACAUGCAUGUUUGAUACAAAUUGUAAAGCUUAGCCAGGUUCCAGUUCUUGUUUGACCACCGUACAAUUUCGUUCCAACAACUCUGACUUAAAUAUAUAAUUCCAAUUUUUCUGAAGGCUAUAUAAUUUCGUUUUUGCACAGAAAGAAAAGACUUCCAUUAUUGCUGUGUUUGCAUCCAUGUUCAAAUGUAAUACUGUCUUGACUUUUGAUAUACAUACAAACUUCAAAUGUUUGUAUCUGGUGUGUCAUAGUGUCAUGGUAACAUGUCCGAACAAAUUAGACGUCAGAACUCUUUGAUAACAAAGUCUAUAGUCAAAACUCAAUACUGAUUUUCGGAUAGAGUUUGGAUAAAUAGUAGGCUGGGUGGGUUUCAUCCCGUUCACACUAUACUCUACACAAAAGACAGAUCUAGAGAAUGCGUUUCUCUAUAUAUAAAGAGCCUUUCAGCUUGUGAAUAUUAUUACCAUAUAACAAAAUUCCAUGGCUUCUUCUUACGCACGUUUGCUCUUGCUUUGCCUAUCCAUCUUCCUCAUCGCUUCCACUGAGGUGAUGAUGGUGGAAGGAAGAGUUUGCCAGAGGAGAAGCAAGACAUGGACAGGGUUUUGUGGCAACACUCGCGGCUGUGACAGUCAGUGUAAGAGAUGGGAACGGGCUUCACACGGGGCUUGUCACGCUCAGUUCCCGGGGUUCGCAUGUUUUUGCUACUUCAACUGCUGAAGCAAGCAAAAAGUUCUCUGAAUCUUCUUCAAGUGUCACGGUGUUAUCUUCUUUUGUUCUGUUGCGAAUCAUGUACAUAGUCUCUAUGACAAAACCAUAACGUUUACCUUGGGUCCUAAUAAAAUCCCGUUUGUGCCGGGAGUUACCACUACAUGUCUAUUGUCUAGUGAAGUUGUGAUAAAAACUAUAAUAAGAGGUUGUCUCGCAGUUUUGUUUAUCUA